AUGGCCCCAGAGAAACAGAAUCCUGUUCGAAAGCGUCAGAAAUACUCAAGAAAUGGUUGUUUGGCCUGCAAAAAGCGUAAGGUCAAGUGCGACGAGACAUUCCCCACCUGCGGACGAUGUGUAAAAAUUGGCGCAGAAUGCAUUUAUUACAGAGUCUUCAAAUUUCAGGGUGUCAGUUCUACAAAACCCAAGCCUGAAGUCCAGCUCGUGCCUCAAUCGAGGCCGGAAUCUGAACCAGAGUCAAAUGAUGACACGAACAAGUCUGUCACCGAAGGGCUAUCGAAUCUGUUGGCGAACCAGGAGAUGCUUUUUGGGGGGAUAGCUGGGCUGUCGGAAUAUUUCGAGAAUGAUAAUAAUAGCACGGAUCUUCAAUCAUUGCUACCAGAAUACGACUUUUCAAGUCUCCAGCUUGAUAACCGAGCAAGGCAGGCCUCAGACAGCAACUCAUUGACCUCUGAUUCGGUGCUGCGGUACGACUAUCUCUAUAAUCUUAGGCAAAGCUUUGAUGAGCGAGACCUGAACAAGAUUGCUAACUCGCUGCAUAUCAGUACAUUUGAGUCACUGCAUCUACAGGCAUUUGUGAAGGAUGUGCACUUGAUUCUGUUUCCUUUGGCAACCUCCUACCUGGACUCACCGUUCAUUGUCACCUUUCUAGCAGAAGCUCAGAAAAGUAACUAUCUACUCAAUGCAAUGCUGGCAUCGGGAGCCCGUUUUCUCACAGAAAAAGCGCGGAUUGACAAGGAGAUACAUUUGUCAAAGUAUGGUAGCCAAGCUGACAAGACUUACAUCGCCGAGCUCGAUACCCAGAUCGAUAUCAACGACAAAUACCGUGUGCACUACCUUUCCGUUUGUUUUCAGUCGCUCAGGGAUAUACUAGAGAACAUAGACAAUUCUGACGAGAAGGUGGAACCUGCGCUGCUCACAAGUUUGAUUUUGGCCGCAGAUCUGUCCUCCAAUAGAGACUAUCGCUGGUCGUUGCAUCUUCGCGGAGCAAAACAAUUUCUGGGGAAAUUCAUGGGAGAAAAGAGCAUUGACUCCGAUUCGCUGAUUCUCGCACGCUACCUUUUCUGUUCGCUGGAAAUCUCCUCAGGAAUAGCCUCUGCGGGUGCAAGCAGCUUGGAUUUGGACGAGCUGACCACCUGGAUUCCAAUUCCACUGAAUCACGGACCACUCUCUAAGCUCAGCAAAAUGGGAAUGGUUUUAGACGGAUACAUUGGCGACAGUUUCUGCGAAGGCGGGUUCAAGAUGUAUCUGGGGUACAGCGACGGCACGGCGGAGGUGGCGAAGGAGAUUGUGGCUGCAAAAAGGAACGAGAAGAUCGAUCCGUUCACCAUAGCACAUAUUUUUUCAGUGAUAGACAAAGCCAAACAGUUCCGCGUGGUGACCAACAAAAGGCCGUACAUGAUUCCGAUCGACUCGAAAUACCACCCUUUAUAUAAGGGUGCCGACAAGACGCAACUCUCCAUCUCAGGAUACUAUCAUAUGACGUCUGUAAAAUUGCGUCAAUUUUUCAUGAGCUCAGAAUCCUUAGAGAAUGAUUUUGAGCGAUACAGCUGGUUUUCGUUCUACGACUUCACCCAGAACAUCCGGCUGGAAACACUGUACUUGUAUGUUUUGACGUCCGAACAAUUCCUAGGCUGCAAGGUUAGCAAUCCAGUGGUUCAGCGGCUGCUGAAGAAAGUACUGGAAUCGUGCUCUUUCUUUAUCCAGCGAAAGCACAAGGAUAUCACAGACCUAGAGAGAUAUUACAACUCGCCUAUUAUGCUUGAAGAAACAGCUCCGGAACUUCAAUGCAACGAAAGCAGCAGCACGAUUUUCCUCGACGACGAGGAGUUGGAGACGCUGUGUCAAAAGCAUGUCUCGAGCCUCCAAGGAAUAGAUUUCGAUGAAUUCCUAAACAUCGACAUGGACCAUCGUAUCGCAAUGUUCCAAUGGUGUCUAAUUAUGUGUGCCUAUUGCUGCAUUGAUGCAGUGGACAAGGUGUUGGUGGACUGUCUGCUGCAUACGCUACUAGCCUUUGGACUGAAGAGUGUGAAAAUGUACAUCAGCAAAGUGAAAAAGAUCUGGACGCAGCGACAGCUUCGGUACAAAAGUCCUUCCGGAAAGGUGUUCACGCUUGAUGAAAGCUACGACCAGCAAUUUUUCACAAAAACAGAGUUCUCAUUUCUCUUCACCUAA